GGAUGGCGGUGGUGAUGCAGCUCGUCUCCUUUCUCUCCCUCUUUGUCUCCAUUACAGUGUCUGAUGGGAUUUUUAAACUGGUUAACAGUUCUGUUCAACUGGAUGGACAGACAAAAGAUUAUGAGUUUGACGACUUCAUAUGGAAAUUUAACAAAAGUAAAAACGUUGUGAGAUACUAUAAAAAUUCUCCAAGUAAAGUAUACCAAGAGUAUAAAAACAGAGUGGAGGUGAAUGAGGGAACCCAAAGUCUGACAGUGAAGAACUUGCAGAAGACUGAUAGUGGACUCUAUGAAGCAGAGGCAUCUGGUGAACAAGAACGAAUUGUGGCCGAGUACCAAUUAACUGUGUUGGAUCCAGUGGAGAAACCAGUCCUGAAUGUCUCGCCCCAGCAAAGCAAUGGCAUCUGUAAUGUGACUCUCAGCUGUGAAGCUCAGAAACUCUCAGUCACCGCUCACUGCUACAGUGAUAGUUGUGAUAUGAAGGAAAAUGAAAAGGCUGUAGAUGGGUUCCAUUCCCUCUCACUGUAUGUCAGUAACAGCAUCAUUAUUUGUAAUCAUAGCAACCCAGUCAGCUGGAAAAAUACAACUAUGGAGAUGAAUGUGAAACAAUUCUGCCCUUCUAAUGGUGUAAGCAUGCACACAUACUGCAUGGGGUAAAUUUAAAUGUAAGAAA